UUGCGCAUGUGCAAACUGAGAAACUUGUAAACAAAAAGACCCCUUCCAGAUCAAGGAUUUGGGAAGAUUUGUGUAAGGUUAUUCACAUAGAAUGGCAACAUGUCGGAGUAAAUUAAUUUGUAGUUUGAACGUUCGUGGACUAUAUUGUUCCGUCGACAAAUGUUUGGCGUUGUCAGCGGCAAGGAAGCUGCAUACAAGUUGCAAAAAUUCGCGUGCCGAACUGCCUUUCCUUUCAAAUAAUUACGUCUUUAGUAAAGUCUUGCAUCGUCAGUUUCCAAGGAAAAUGUCGGGAUUUUCUGGAAAAGACAAAGACUAUGUCUUCAGACAAUUACUGGAGUAUAAAUCCUUCACGUACACCUACCUCCUUGCUGACCCUGACACAAAGGAAGCAAUUCUGAUUGAUCCUGUCAUUGAUACUGUAGCCAGAGAUACCAAGUUAGUCAAGGAUCUUGGACUUAAUCUCAAAUAUGCAGUCAACACCCAUGUGCAUGCUGAUCACAUCACUGGUACUGGACUCAUUAAGAAACAGAUCCCCACAUGUAAGAGUGUCAUCUCAGCAGCCAGUAAGGCAGAAGCAGAUGUCAAGGUUAAAGAAGGGGAUAAGUUGACCUUCGGUAAAUACGAGAUAGAGGUGAAAAGUACACCAGGUCAUACAAAUGGGUGUGUCACCUAUGUAUGGCAUGAGAAAGCAAUGGCUUUUACUGGAGAUGCUGUACUGGUCAGAGGUUGUGGCAGAACAGAUUUCCAGGAAGGAAGCUCGGAGACUUUGUACAACUCUGUUCAUGAGAAGAUUUUCUCCCUUCCUCCAAACUAUACUCUGUUUCCUGCCCAUGACUACACAGGUCAAACUAGCACAACAGUGGCUGAGGAAAAAACCAUGAAUCCUCGUUUGACCAAGUCUAAAGAAGAGUUUGUGAGGAUAAUGAAGGAAUUGAACCUUCCAUACCCCAAACAAAUAGACAAAGCUUUACCUGCAAAUCUUGUCUGUGGUCUGUAUAAUCUUCCUGAGGAGUUUUCUAAGGUUUAGAUGGUGAGCUGGUUUAUUGGAGAGUCUGUUACAUUGUUUGUCUGUACAUCCGGGAGGGCAACAUCAAGAUAGAUUCAUUUUGAGUGCCAUAUAUUUUAAAGACAAUUCAAGAAAAUGCUUGUUUAUGAUUUCACCAUGAACAAAAUUUUGUCAAAAUUUUAUUGCACUUUUUUUUCUCUUACUGUAUCAGCCUGAAAGGUCUAAUAGUAUGUGAAAUACAGAAGAACAUUACAGUUUUAAAGUUUUGUCCAGUAUUGUAAAUCAGCUUUCUCCUGCAGUAUUCUUUUUCAAUUUCAUCAUUCAAGCAUACAAGAAGAUAUUUUUUCUUCAAACCUUCAUUAUAUGAAGCUCAUUAAUUUGAAAACUUGUCUUUAAUUCAGCCCUUUACUGCAACAACCUUUCACUAUUUUUUUUUCAACCUUUUGAAAGCAAUAGAACUAUUCAAACAGGGGAGAAAGUUGAUUUACAAAGAGUAAGAAGUGCAAAAUUUAUGAACAAAUUCAAACUCAUAAGAGUGUGGUAUAUAAGUCUGUAUUGUGUUUAAUACAGGGUGUUUCAUAAUAUAUGUUACAUUUUUAAAUCUAAUUAUUUUUCUUACCUAUCAUAAUUUUAUUACAAACUAUAUAUCAUUUUAAACAUCAAAUCCUGCAUUUUCAUUCCAUAUGAAAAAGUAUAAAAAGUAAUAUUCAUUCAGAAGUUGAUAAAGGAAAUAUUCAAAAGAAUGGAAGCUUUUUAAAAUGCUUAUCAGAAGGCUAUUAACAAGGUUAAAGGACAGGGACGAGCAAUAUGCGAUAAAUGACACGGUGCUCCAGAAAGCCUAAAGACUUCAAUAAUCGAAGAUUUAAUUGGUGAAGUGUAGACUCUUAGAUAGUUUAGCAAACUCCUGAGAAAAGUGUCAUAUAGAUGUUUUCAGAAAUUGAUGCUGGCAAUAUCAGCAUUUCCAGCAUAUAUUGAACUUUGAAAUAUGAUAUGAAGUUAUCAGUGUACAAGUUUUCAAUAAUGCAAUAUCCCAAGAAAAGAGUUUGAUCUCUGCAUUGGCCAAUAUCAAUCUUUGGGCCUUUUUCUGUGGGGUUCUUUAGGAACAGGGUCUACAAUCCUAGACCACAGAUACUGCAUGAGCUCAAAAGAAACAUAUAAACCUUCAAAUGAGGAGUGUCUAAGCAAAAAUGUGUGACAAGGUUAUACAAAUUUCGAGAAGCAACUUUCAUUUGUAGUUGAAAUAGUGGAGAUCAUCAAGAACAUAUAAUAUGGGCUUUUGACAUUGUGAAAUUCAACGUAACAAAAAUGACGUAAUUUAGAAAUUUCACUAAUUUUCAUUAAUGUUUGGGAUUUCGUCCAAUGUGUAAUAUUUUAGUUGGUAAUUGUACAUAAUGAAUCUUAUAGAUACAUGCAUCAAGUUGAUAAAAACACUUGUCUUAUUUUUUUUCCUGUGUUUGUGAAAUUGAACUUUCAAAAUGUAACAUAUAUUUUGGAACACCCUGUAUAUAGCAUUCAUUUUGGUCUACCAGUAUAUUUUAAGUGCAGCAAAUCAUAAAAUCCCUAAUAAAGCUUAGCUUUGACAAAUCAAUUCAUUUCUAAUUAUAUUAUAAUGCAUUGACAAUGUUUCAAAAAUUGUGUGUAUAGCACUUUAAAUAAUAUAACUUACAAUGAUUAGCACAGCUGCUUUGAGCAGAAAGUAGUUACUUUGUUAUAAUGGUGGAAUAUAGUGCUCAACAAACGAGGUACUAGACUUUAAGUAAAACAUGGUUAUAACUUAUCUCCAGAUAAUAACCAAUAAAUUUCCUUAAAUCCGUCAUCUGUUAUGCACAUUUAAAUUUUCACCACUACACACAAGACAGAUUUUUUUUAGCAUUAAUUGAAAUGAACACUUGUCGUACUGACUCGCUCUGUGUGAUACUUGAUUUGUAUAUAGAUUUAUUUUACUUACUGAUUAAUAAUCAUACUUACUUGGAAGCAAUCAUAAAAUUAAUGUACAUUGUAAUAAAAAUCUUCUCUGCUUAUUAUUGAACAAUCAAUACUGUUUUGAUUUUAUUUGAAUUGGAAUUUUUGCUAUUUAAACAGAACUUUCAAUUUAAAAAAAAAAAAUGUGAAACCUAAAUAAUAAUUAUGUACAUAAAAUUAUAAAUGAAUAUGGUGCAUUGUUUUCCAUUCAUUUCUGUUCAUGACUGCAUGCCAGAAUGACAGUGUUAUUAAAAUUAAAGUAUAUCAUUUAAAAA